GGAACGGAACCGUCACGGCACGGGAUUCCUUCCCCACCUCUCGCCCCUCUCCUUCCCCCGCCGCCAUAAAUAGUCGCCUCCCUCCUCGCCUCUUCCCCCAAUCUCUCAUCUCGUCUCCUGCCGUUCGCAGUCAGAGCGCGCCGCCCCCUCUCGCGUGCCUCGGCGAUCCCUCCACCCCGCUUCCAAGAUGCAGAUCUUUGUUAAGACCUUGACUGGGAAGACCAUCACCCUCGAGGUGGAGUCUUCUGACACCAUUGACAAUGUCAAGGCCAAGAUCCAGGACAAGGAGGGCAUCCCCCCGGACCAGCAGCGUCUCAUCUUCGCUGGAAAACAGCUCGAGGACGGGCGCACGCUUGCUGACUACAACAUCCAGAAGGAGAGCACCCUCCACCUGGUGCUCCGCCUAAGGGGAGGCAUGCAGAUCUUCGUGAAGACCUUGACUGGCAAGACUAUCACCCUUGAGGUGGAGUCUUCCGACACCAUCGACAAUGUCAAGGCAAAGAUCCAGGACAAGGAAGGCAUCCCCCCGGACCAGCAGAGGCUCAUCUUCGCCGGCAAGCAGCUCGAGGACGGGCGCACACUUGCUGACUACAACAUCCAGAAGGAGAGCACCCUCCACCUGGUGCUCCGCCUGAGAGGAGGCAUGCAGAUCUUCGUGAAGACCUUGACUGGGAAGACAAUCACUCUGGAGGUUGAGAGCUCCGACACCAUCGACAACGUCAAGGCCAAGAUCCAGGACAAGGAGGGCAUCCCCCCGGACCAGCAGCGUCUCAUCUUUGCCGGCAAGCAGCUCGAGAACGGGCGCACACUUGCUGACUACAACAUCCAGAAGGAGAGCACCCUCCACCUGGUGCUCCGCCUGAGGGGAGGCAUGCAGAUCUUCGUGAAGACCUUGACUGGGAAGACAAUCACCCUUGAGGUGGAGUCUUCGGACACCAUCGACAACGUCAAGGCCAAGAUCCAGGACAAGGAGGGCAUCCCCCCGGACCAGCAGCGUCUGAUCUUUGCCGGCAAGCAGCUGGAGGAUGGCCGCACCCUUGCUGACUACAAUAUCCAGAAGGAGUCCACCCUCCACCUGGUGCUUCAUCUCCGUGGUGGCCAGUAAGCCAUCGGUUGGUUGUUGAAGCUGCUGCUGUUCCUGGAAGCAGGUCGCUGCUGUGAAGGGUGUCGUCUUUGAAGUGUCUGUGGUGUUUGUGUCGAAAUUGUAUCUGGUUUCAUGAACUGGAUUGGGUCUGUGUUUACCCAAAACAGUUGCACUGCAGCAGUAUGGGGCAUAUGCAUGAAUAAGUUAUGUUUGAACUUAAAUCUGUGCUUGAUUUGGUAUGCAUUUCUUCUGAUUAUUUAUUA